ACUGAGGCAGACAAGCGUCUUCUCUUUUUCUCCUACUGUGUGACUCAUUCACAGGUUAUUUAUAGCUUUUUCGUCGGGGAUUCAGUCCGAGCUUUCGGGAUCGGUAAUGAGGAUGGAGACAGUAGACCGCUGGAGGAUCUGUUUGUGUCUUUUUGUUACAGUGUUCACCUCUUCUCGGGGAAAUCAUCAUCCAACAAGCCCAGGUGAUUCAAUAACUGCAAUGCCCCGUGAUACACCUGCAUUCAAUUUGAAUUCAACUGUAAUGGGAAUUAUUAACUAUACAGCAUCAACAGCCGAUACUAUCAAUGACACUGUCACUCAAGCAGACAUUGGAAGUACCAUGGCUUUUACUUCUAUAACACCAAGCCUGAAAAGUGAAACUAGCUUUAACGAUUCAUUAGAGAAGUCAACUGUCAGUAUGCUGACUACUGCACCAAAUAUCAGCAACCUGACCCAAAAGAGUGGAUUGGCUAAUGAUACAAGCAGUGACCUGCAAAGAUCUGUAAAUAACAGUAGUCCCAUUCCAAAAUCUGUGAGUCCCAGCGUUAGCUCCGUUGUAACAGAGUCAAAUGGAAAUGAUGCUGAAGGGAGUUCUACUGUCAAAAUUACAGCAAUCCCAAAGCAAACAGAGACCUCUGUGAAAGUGUCUUCAACUUACAAAGACUCCACGCUCACAGUUAAAUCAACUGGUAUGUCUUAUACAUCAUCUGCUGGACAGAAGGAAUCCAAAGAUGCAACCAGCAGCUUUCCAACUGAACCAUCCCCAGUGUCUACAACUCUACCAAUGCAACCAACUUCCAAGACCAGGUUAACUUCCAUGACAACCAGUCGCUCUGUAAUGCCAUCCACUGUCAUUAUGCCCCUGUCCACCAGUCACACAAGCCCCACCACCACCACCACCACCACCACCACUGCCACAACUGUGAGAGCAACUGCUCGAAGAGGCACCACAAUCAACAUAGCAACCACUUCAUUUUCUGUGCAGCAUAUCGAGGGGAAUUUGGCCAAUACCAAAGAGAUGGUGAAUGGGAGGCCGGUUUCUAAUCCAAAUGGAACCAGAAUGGACCCUCUUGUUAUAGGGCUCACCACAGUUUUCUUUAUAAUUAUUGGAAUUGUUUCAAUACUUGGGUUUCUGAAGUACCGUCAGCGAAACAACCAACCAGAAUUCCGGCGUCUUCAUGAGCUCCCAAUGGAUGACAUGAUGGAAGAGGAUACCCCUUUGUCUCUCUACAGCUACUAGAAGUCUGCUGCCAACAAACUCAUCAACUUGCACAAUGUUGCAACUACUGUGUUUUGAAGUAUUGUUAGCUGGCAUGCUAAGGACUUUGUUUUUGCAGUUUUCUUUUACGUGAGCCAAAUUUGCAUUUAAAAUGUGUAUUUGCUGUGUUUUUUUUUUGAAACCCCCAUUUGGGGAACUGCUAGGAUUGAACAUUGGUCAAAAUUAAGAUUUAUUCCCUGCCCAAAAUAUUACCCUUUUAUAUCCACGGACCUUUUUUAACUAUACCUGUUUAUUCAACCAAACUUGUAAGUUUGCAACUUUUUAAAAACAAUUAAGAGGCCAAUGAUGAUCAUUCCUGUAUGUCUAAAUUUUUAGGAGAAAUUGCUGUUGUCCAUUCAGGUGCCAAAGGAACUAGGGGGUCUAAGAUUUGCAUUAACAAAUAUCAGGAAGUCUGAAGAUUUACUCUAAAUGGUUUGGGCCUGUUCUGGUCAACCUAAUGUAUCAUAUUAUGAAAUUGUACUUCAUAGUUAGCACAUGUGGGUUGAUUUGAACUCUUAUUCUACCAAAAUCUUUAUCAUUUGCACUCAAUGCUGAUUAUGUUUUUGUUUGAUCAGGAAGUAUUGGUGUUGUAAGCAACUACUUGGAGGGAAUAAAACUAGUUCAAUUUUCUUACUUGAAUUAAAUUUUAAAAUUGGAUGAUAGAAAAACCUUGAUUGAAUUUCAAACAUUUUGGAAGAAAAUGUAAUCUUUAUUUCCAGCUUCCCUAAUAAUGUAGGGAGCUAUAUUGCACCAUAAUGGAUCAAAUCACACCACCAAUAAAGGGAACUGAAAUGUGGAAAUUAAAGGUGUGAUAUGAAUCAAAGGUAUGACUUGUAUCUAAAAGCCAAUGUUCUCUUGGAUCUGUAGUUUCCUCCUUAAUCUAGAUUAGUUCUUCUACCAUUGUAAUGCCUUUGGUUCAAACCUUUUGAUUCCAAUUAAUUCUAGUCCAUGUCCAGCAAAGUGAACAAUUCAAUUACGUUAUUAUAGCCAAAUCAAACUUUUUUGUUACUGGUAAAGCUACAAUGAGAGAUGUUGUCUUGGUUGCAAGUUCCAUAUAUAUUUUGAAAGUUCGGGGAAUGAUGUUACAUGAUUUGCAGUAAUUCUUUGAACUAUUAUUAGGGUGCAGCCCUAGAAAAACUUUUAUUUUACAAGCUAAUUUUUAAAAAAAAGUUCUUGAUGCAGUCUCACUCAGAUGUCUGUUGUCAUAAUUGAUUCAGCUGGGAAAAAAAAUUAUGGCAGGAGGCUUAAGUUGUAAUUGAGAUUAUUCCUGUUUAGUUGAAUGUGAUCAAUACACAUUGAAUAUCAAGUUUGGGGAGUUCACUUUUUUUUCUCUGUCUACCUUUCUAUUUGUAACAAUGAUAAAUUUCUGUAAAGUUGUAAUGUCUGACCCUCUCCAAAUCUGGGAUUAGGGGUGCUUUUUUGUUCCAACCUUUAGGUAAAAUGUUACCUAGUUCAAAGUUAAAUACCCAGGAUUCAAUUCAAAGCUGAAAUGGUUAUAGACUAGUUUAUUGCAGAUUUAUUAUUUUCUGGUAUAGAUGUCACUUCCUUCAUUUGUCUAAUAUUUACACAACAGGUACAUGAGAGUUUCAUAUUUUGGGUCGUGUAGAACUGUUCAUGGUUGUCAUAGAGAUGGAUCGCAUGUUUUUCCUUUUAACCUUGCAUUUUACUUUUAUUGUCAUAAUUUCUUUCAGGUUUUAUCUUCAAAAAUUGCCACCAUGAGCAUGGUUCAAAUCUUUUUACCCUAAUCAUUUAUAGAUCAAGAUUAUGCUUUACGUAAUCGCUCGUUUCCACAGGAAUGUAAAUUAAAUGUAAUACAUAAACUAGAGAUCUAACCAGAUAAAGGCAUUUCCAAAGAUCCUCUAAGCCUAUUUCACCAUUCUAAGGUCAAAGCUGAUGAGUGGACACAUGUGUGAAUGAGAGAGGAAAAAUUACUUGCUGAUUUUGCUCUUAAGUGACCUAGCUCAAAUUUUAAUGUGAAUUCUCUUUGUUCUGUAUUUUUCUCACCAGAAGUUCUGAGUGUACCCUAUCAUCAUCCAGUAUACCAGUGUCUCUCCACAACUGAAGCAUCACUUCCUCUUUUGUAUUCCAAAUCCCUUGAUGGACCAUUCCAUUUGCCCUUUCAUUACCUGUCUACACAAACCUUCAAAUCCAAUUUGCAGCUUUCCCUAGAAUUAAUGAGAGUAGUUGUAUUUCUGGCCAAUUGCAAUCAUAAGGUGAAGGAUUGUGAGUACGUUUUCAGGGUUUUUUUGAGGGGGAGAAAAGUACAUGUCAGGUUGCGUAUGUUUGCACUGAACUGAAUUGUUAAAUACUUGUAGUAGGGCUGAGAAACACACUGACUGCAGUUUAUUGCUGGAUGAUUUGAGAUUUAAUCAUUUAAACAAGUUAACCAUGCAAGUUUUGUGGUGUUGGUUAUUUUGUACUAUAGGCUCCUUUUCCUUGUGUAAAAGUCAUAAUUCAAUGCAGUGUUGUUGAUUUUUGUCUGAGACUGGACAGGGUAGAAUAUUAAAUGCUGAAAAUGUGUUGCUGGUCAAAGCACAGCAGGCCAGG